GUCACAUAACAAAGUUUUACAAAAUAACACCCACAUGUGUGUGCAUGUACACUCAUGCAUACACUCGUACACCUACAUGCGUAGAGAAUUUUCCAACUGAAGGUUUCGUUAUAAGAAAUGCUCUAAUUAUAAUUCUCCAUCGAUUUGGAAACGUUAAUCAGAUCAGGAAAAGUUUAUCAAAUAAACAGCAUUCGGAAUUUAAUUACAGCUUUUCUGAUGUGUAAAAAGUCCAGAAAAUUAUCCAAUCCGGAAAUAUUUGUGUACCUGUGUACGUUUUAGAAAUGUAUCGAGUUGCACAAAGUGGGGCGAAACUCGCGGCUCUCAUGAUGAUGUAGUUUUUGACUUAGCAGCCAUUUAAGUUAAAGUUUGAUGAUAACUGAAGUGGAAUCUCCAACCUUUUGUUAUUGACAACUGUGGCUGUGGCCUGCGAAACUUUGUAAGGAAUGGAAUCAAUUAAUGAAAUCAUGGAUUCCCAGACGUUUAGCCAGGAACUGGUGGACGAUGAGUUCAUUACCGUUGGACACCAGAACCAGCACCAAGAAGCUGACUCCGAAUCCGAGUCACACAGUCUACAUGGUGUCAGCGGUGAGGCUCUUGCCAUGACCAUGCAAUCAAUGAUGUCCUCGGCGGACGGGGCUGGUGAGGAGGAGCCUAGUUCUGUUGUGAUGGUUAUUGAUGAAAUCGCGCACAGUAAUGUGCAGACAGCGUAUCAGAUUGUGCCUCAACAGCUGCAGAUUCAGGGUAGGAAUUUGCCACUACCAUUGUCGUUGCUCCACCACCAGCAUCAGCGUCAACACCAAACCCAGACCCAGCAUCAACAGCGGCAGGAGAGAAUGAUCGCCAGUAGCCCAGUGGACUUUGUUGGGUCUGAUAUUAGCUUGGAUGGAAUAGCUUCAGUGAAUACGGUGCUGUCCCAAGGGGUAUCUGUCAAACAGGAGCACAAGCUUCUUAUUGUUCGUCGAGAUCAGGAUUUCAGUCAUGUUAGAAGUCAGUCUCAGGCCAGUAAACGUCAUAAUAUGGAUGAAGACGUUUCGAACGUCGGUGUUGGAAUAAUGGAUGAGCUUUCGUCAGACGGCUUAGCCUGCGAGGAGGAAGAGGUCACACUGAACCAACAUCAUCAACACCAGCAGCUUCUAGAACAGCAGCAUCAGUAUGGCCAUUUAACGCAUCAUCAAACUCAUGGCCAAGUACAUCAAAGUAUGCACCAUCGAUCAGCUCAGCUGGCACUAGGACACAAUGGAAGCGUUCACAGCGAGGUUUUAUCGGUUAUUGUACAGUCUCACGAGGACGACAAGGAUGUGGAAGGGGAUGCGGAUGAAGACGACGACGACGAUCGAGACUCUGGUGGGCGCGGUCAAUUACUCAGUCCUGUAUUGGAGCACAGCUCAUAUCAAACAUUAACAUCUGUCAAUGAUCGCAUAUCACCGCCUGGUUUUAGUCCGACGUCGUAUGCCACGCUGACACCUAUUCAACCACUUCCGCCCAUAUCGACGAUGUCCGAUAAGUUCGCUUACUCUGGUCACAUCUCCGGAGGAGGAGGAGGAGGAGGGGGAGGUGGAAGUAGAAGUGGAGGAGAAGGCACAACCAACUCAUCCAGCAGCGCUGCAGAGACAGGAACUGUAAGUAGUGGUAAUGUCAGCUCUUCUGGUUGUAGCAACAACGAUUGCAGCUCAUUCUUAUUAUCUGGAUUAUCUGGAGUACAGUCGCCGUAUUCCUCCUACGAUAAGUUGCCCUCAAUGAUUUCUCCUCCUCCUCCACAUAACUACUCUGGUUCUCCAUCCCACGGGCUCACCGGUAUGGUAGUCUCGUGCGACUUGCAUACGCACAGUUCCUCAGUGUCAGUGCCUUCCCCAGUAACUGGUGGAUGCGUGACUCUUUCCCCGCACUCGGAUUCCCCGCAGUUGCAGAUUGGAGUUAACGUCAACGGCCAAAAGCGAGACGCGGUGACUACACAUGGACAUGCACACGGACACGGAAACGGACAUAGUCAUGGACUCCAGCUGAUACCCGUAACUUUGCAGAAACAGGUGAUAUGCCUCUCACCGACCGGUGUUAUAGGGGACAGUGUGGUUGUGAGUGAUUAUGAGUCAUCCUAUAGCGGGCAUCACCAUGAUCAUGAGCUGAUAAUGGCCACGUCUUCGUCGACAAGUUCAACGGCCGGACUUCAGCAUAGUCCAACACUCAGCCCCCACUCAGUUUCUGCCGGUUCUGUUGUUUCCAUGUCCUUACACUCCCCCGCAUCGGUUGUUACCUUGCCCAACAUUAAUGGCUCAAUACAAAGUCUCACAGCUGAAAUGCCUGUUGUUGUCUCUCUUACACCUACCCCUCCACCUGUAACGGAUGACGGGGCUGCAGGCAUGAGAAUGAACGAGAAUGACCCAAGUCAAAGACAUCAACAUUUCCUACCCAAAAGCCAAGAUAUUAGUGGCGAUCAGUGUAGUAUCCAUAACAACCCGCAUUCAGCCAACUCAAGCCAUCAACAGUCUCAUCAAAAUGGUUACCAGAACGUGCAGCAGCUGUCAAAGUCGCAUUCCCCAAAAUCCAACCCCGGCACUAGUGGAGGCGGAAGCCGAAGUGCAAAUGCAAGCGGAAGUGAUAUGGAAGAGAUCAACACAAAAGAGCUGGCUCAACGUAUCUCGGCCGAACUGAAGAGAUACAGUAUUCCACAGGCAAUCUUUGCACAGCGUGUACUUUGCCGCUCCCAAGGCACACUAUCUGAUCUGUUGCGCAACCCAAAGCCAUGGUCAAAACUAAAGUCCGGACGAGAAACGUUCCGUAGGAUGUUCAAAUGGCUGCAGGAACCAGAGUUUCAACGUAUGUCUGCUUUGCGGAUGGCUGCCGCCCAAAUACCACAGCGUACACCGAUUUCAGGGGGAACGGGGGUGAGUGGUACAUCAGGACCGACAGGGGUAACUACGACCAUAACGGCUACAGACUCGUCACCAGUUAUGCCAACAAUGACAGGAAACGGAUUGCUCAGUGGAUCCUCAUCCUCUUCUUCUUCUGGUGGUGCCGUUGCCAGUAUUGUCAAUUGUCGUCGCAAGGAGGAACCUCAGAUCGAGCAAAUGCCGCAUCCAAAGAAGCCUCGUCUGGUUUUCACCGACCUACAACGACGCACUCUUCAAGCAAUUUUUAAAGAAACCAAGAGGCCGUCAAAGGAGAUGCAAGUAACAAUUGCUCGGCAGCUGGGAUUGGAGCCUACCACCGUAGGUAAUUUCUUUAUGAACGCUCGUCGCCGAUCAAUGGACAAGUGGCGCGAUGACGAUACAAAGAAUGCAUUGCAUUCCAUGCAGAGCCGUCAGCAACAACAGGAUCAUAACCAAAAUCCAAGCAAUAAUUUAUCACAUGCAAACUAUGCAAAUAUCCAUACGACAGCGAUGUCACCGAUUGGCGCUUUUGAUGACGAAGCUGAUAUGGAAUUGGAGCUGGACAACAGCCACGAUUUUGACUUAGUUGACGAUCAUGGGGAUAAUAGUGACGAGCAUGGCGAUAUGUUGUGACAGCAUAGCCGAU